AUGAAACUCCGUGCCAAGCCUUCGGCUCUCCCGCUCCUGCUGCUCCUCCCUUCGCUCGCCGUCGGCCUCGCGAACGACGGCUUGCCCAGCUCUCCCGCCGCCCUCAAACCUCGACACGACCUGCCAUCGAGGGCUGCCCCGAUCGACGGAAAGGAUGGCAAGCCCCAUUCCGGCCCCUUUGUCGAGACGGACGGCACCGCCACCGACUCGGACAACAACGAGCUACCCCCCCUCAAGGGGCGGCCCCACGAUCCGACUGUCGUAGAUGGCAAGAGGAUUCCCGAGUCAAACGACGGCGUCAUGUUCGACAAGAACCGCGAGCGGCCCCAGCAAGGCACCACGGGCAUGGAGGGCGGUGUCAGCGAAAAGGCAAAUGCCCGCAAAGCCCAGGAGGGCCAGACGGGCGAAAAGGUUCUCACCCAGCCACAGUCCCCCAAGGAGCAGCCUCCUCUGCCGCACAGCGAGGAGCAAAAGAUACAGACGGGCGACGACAAGGACAAGGAAAGGACAGCAGACAAGGACAAGUCCAGGUCGAAGCCAUCUUCGGACAAGAACCAGGACAAAACAGACUACACGGGUCUUGACAGACCAAACCUCCCGGACGCCCCGGGCGAAAAAUCGAACCCUCUGCCCAAGUCCGCCGUCAAAGACCACCUCUCCCCGUCCAAGCCCAGCGUGGACACGACACGGACGGGCCACAAACUAGGCCAAGACAAGGACGACGACGGCCUCAUUCAACCCCUUCACUCCUUUGUCUUAUCCCUGACCAUGAUUCUAGUGUCGGAGGUUGGCGACAAGACGUUUCUGGUGGCUGCUCUCAUGGCCAUGAAGCACGACCGCCUCGUCGUCUUCUCGGCUGCCUACGGGGCUCUCCUCGUCAUGACCGUCUUGUCCGCCGUCCUCGGCCACGCCGUCCCGACCCUGAUUCCGAAGCGGCUGACGAGUCUGCUCGCUGCCGUCCUCUUCCUCGUCUUUGGCGCCAAGCUCCUGCGCGAGGGUAUGAAGAUGGACCCUGACGAGGGCGUGUCGGCCGAGAUGCACGAAGUCGAGCAAGAGCUUGCUGAAAAGGAAAAGGAGCAUGGCCAUCAGUCGCGCGAUGGCAUCUCGCCGCACUCGCUGGAGAUGGGGCUCAAGGGCAGGGGUGGGCGGCCCAAGGGUCGGUUCCCGACGCCUCCUCGGUCGCCCUCGCAGUCGCCGUCGCGGAGUCCCUCGCGCGGAUCCAGACCGCUUGCCAACUUUGUCCACGGCAUCAGCAAUCUGUGUUCGCUGCUGCUGAGCCCCGCGUGGGUGCAGACGUUUGUCAUGACGUUUCUGGGCGAAUGGGGCGACCGCAGCCAGAUUGCAACCAUAGCCAUGGCGGCCGGCCAGGACUAUUGGUGGGUGACGCUUGGCGCCAUGUGCGGCCACGCCGUCUGCACGGGAGUGGCUGUUGUCGGAGGCCGGGCCAUUGCUGGGCGUGUCAGCCUCAAAGUCGUAACCGUCGGAGGCGCCGUGGCCUUUCUCCUCUUCGCCUUCAUCUACCUCCUCGAAUCCCUGCACGCCUAG